CAUUAAAUUUCUCAUAGAGCACUCGCUCAUACUCCUUACUUAAUUGAUAGUAUGGUCAUGAUCUACUUGUGGAUUGGUCGUCUUAUUGAUAUGAUAGCUAGCAAUUGAGGAUAAAUGGUAUCUAUAUUCAUAUAAAAAUGUAGGUAUUCGUUAAUAGAGAGGAGGUUGAAAAGUUUAAUGGAUUGAAUUUAUUGUUCCAAUUGUUAACAAUAAAUGAUUGCAUGUUUUAUCGAUGUAAUUAAAAUUAUACUAUUUGUAUAGGAUUAAAGAAGAAUUCAACUAAAUAAAUUCAUAGUAAUAUCGUUGAAUAUUGUAUCAAAUCAUGAUUACAUAAGUGCAAGAAACAGAUUAUCUUUACAGCAUUCCUAAGUCAUUUUCAACACGAGCAAUUCACACAGCACAACAUGCUGAACCCAUUCAUGGCAGCGUCAAUGUUCCCAUUCAUUUGAGUACAACUUAUAAGCAGAGGGGACCUGGUUAACCUUAUUCCACAUUCGAUUACACAAGAUGUGGUAAUCCAACAAGGGCAGCCUUGGAAGAAUGCAUAGCUGAUUUAGAGAAUAGCAAACAUUGCAUAACAUUUUCAUCUGGUUGUGCAGCAAUAUCAUGUAUCAUCAAUACUUGUAAGAAUGGUGAAUAGAUCAUUUGUUGCGAUGAUGUAUAUGGUGGUACUCAAAGAUAUAUGAGAAAUUUCUCUGUAAAGAAUCAUGGAAUUGAAGUUUUGUUUGUAGAUAUCACAGAUCCUGAAAAUGUAGUCAAGACAAUCACUGAGAGGACCAAAAUAAUCUGGAUUGAAACCCCUACUAAUCCAACUCUUAAAAUUGUAGAUAUUGCAGCUGUUUGCAAAAUAGCCAAAGAGAACAAGAUAUUAACUGUAGUUGAUAACACAUUUGCUACUCCAUAUCUCUAAACUCCAAGUAAUUUGGGAGCUGACAUUAGUGUAUUAUUAACAAGCUUAUAAAUUAGAUUAACUCUGGAACCAAAUAUAUGGGUGGACAUGAUGACGUUGUCUUUGGAUCUUUGACUUGCAAUGACAAGGAGUUGUAUGACAAAUUGUUCUUCUCUGCCAAAUCAUAAGGAGGUUGUCCUAGUAUCUUUGAUUGCUAUCUCAUUAUGAGAAGUUUGAAGACUUUAGAAUUGAGAGUCAAGUAGGCUACAAAGAAUGCUUAUAUCUUUGCAAAACACUUGGAAAGCAAUCCUUUGGUUCAGAAGGUUAUUUAUCCUGGAUUGCCAUCCCAUCCCCAACAUGAAUUGGUUAGGAGACAAUAAAGAGGAGGGGGAGCCAUGAUAAGCUUUUACGUUAAGGGAGGUUUUGAAGAGACUAGCAAAUUGUUGAAGGCCUUGAAAAUAUUUACACUAGCUGAGUCAUUAGGAGGAGUUGAAAGUAUUAAUUUACACAAAAACUAAGGUUUAAUUGAGGUACCAUCCGUUAUGACACAUGGAUCAAUACCUGUUGAUGUAAGAAACUAAUUGGGAAUUACAGACAAUAUGGUUAGAGUUUCAAUUGGUAUUGAAAAUGUUGAGGAUUUGAUUAAUGAUAUGGAAGAGGCCCUUAAAUCAACACAAUGA